CCGGGGCGGUUGCCGUUGGGUUUGAGCAGCGCGGAAGCGGGAGGCGGGCGGGCGUCCAGGCUCCGGGGUUGGGAAACUGAGCGGUUCCCCCCAGCACGCCAGUGGGACAGGGGUGAGGAGGCUGGGGCAAGCAUCGGGUCCGAACCCAGCCGCUAAGCCCCCUCCUCCAUCCCGGCCUGGCCGCAGACCCUGCCUAGCCCCACACUUGCGCCCCCACCAAGCCACUCCCCCGCGCGCCCAGUGUCCCAGCCCCGGCCCCCAACCCCUCUCCAAGCCCCUUCCCUGCAAAUCGCCUGCUCUCUCCCCAAGCCCGCGCCCCGCGACUCUCGAGACCCCAGUGCCUCCUGCUUCUCCACCUCUCGCCCCGCGCCUCUGCUGCGGGGCCUCGUCCGCCUCGUCCCCGCCCCUCCAGCCUUCUCCCGCUCGGCCCCCGCACCCCUGCAGCCGGAUUCCAGCCCCGAUUCCAGCUCCCGGAAUCCCCUUUCCCGGGCAGUCUCGAACCGGCCAGUCUCCAGAAAUGGAUUUGCUUGGCGGUUGCUUUCUUUGCGGCUGCAGCCGCCUUUCAAGUUGUACCUGUGGAUAGCAAAGGAUUAGCGGUGCAGGAGGACGUGGAGCCAUAUUCUCCCGCGUCAGCCGUGCGUUCAGCGGUUGCGAAGGGGCUUCGUGGGCAGUGAGUGUAUCGCCGCCUGCGUGGCCAGUGUCUUCGUGGGAAGGCAACGGUGCUUUGUAAGCAUUCAACAAGUAAGAUCAGGAGAGACGUGGAAUCAGAUCGGACUGUGGAUGGGGAAGUCUCAAGGGGUGGAUGGCCAAGGGAGGAUGGGGAGGGCAGCACACUUGGGGACAUUUGUUGACAUUUGCAGAAAGCCCUGGGAUGGGGAGCAGGCAGUGCUGAGCCCACCUUUUCAAACGCGCUGUGACUGUGAACGGGCUUGGCAGCACCUUCUCGUCCUCAGAGGUAUUGGCGCCCAGUCCAGACAUCUGUGGGAAGAGGGCUUACAGCAGAUGGCUUGAAAAGCCUCCCGGUCCCUGGAGAUAGGUGGAGAUGCACAGCCACAGCCUGGAAGCCAGUGUGUGAAUCUGCCCUAUCCCUUCCCCCGGCUUUCAUUAAAUCUUGGAUUAAAUUAAUUGCCUAUUUCAGAGAAAGGACAUGUAGGACGAACUUCUCUUUGGGGGAUUGGCUCCUGGCCAGCCCACCCUCACUGAUGCCUGGGGAGGCUGCUUUGAGCACCCGUUUCAGGGUGGACCACCUGGCCUGUGGAGCACGGCAUUCUGCGCAUUUGUGGAAUUGCAGUAUCUGUAAUUCUUUUUCUAUUGAUCGGCUUGAAUAGUAAUUAGCUCAGUGUUCUUUCACCAUUGAAUAGGUAAGUAAUUAGCCCAAGGACACACUGGGGCUCAGUAAGGUCUUUCUGAGUGUCCACAGAUUCCGUAGGCUUCUCCUCUGCCCUCACCCACUGCUUUGCGAUGAGUGGCUGACUGUCAGAUGCCCCACUGUCCAGGAGCAUCUGCAGCGAGGGGUGGGACCACCUCUGGCCACAGCCCCUGCCUGGCACCCUUAUGUGGUGGGUACUCCAUGUUUGUGGAGUAAAGAAAUGGAACCCCCUCUUGAAUCAGUUUGAAUCUACAACCCAUGUUUUUCCAUUUUGCUACACUAUUUUCAAAAUGUUACACUUAAAUUUGACACAUUUUAGAAAAACCAUAUAAUCUCACUAGAGACACACUCAUUUUUGGGUGUGUUUGGACAGAGAGCUCAAUCUACAGGUCAGGCUCUGAUGGCUGGUUUGUAACCUCAGUGGGAACUCGAGAAUUCCAUGAAGAAAAUCUGUUGUCCUCAUCCCAAAAUUGGUAUGGAAGUGAUGGACACCCUGGGGAGCUACGAAAGCUGUCUGCUAUGGGGUGAGUCCACCACAGCUUAACUGAUAAGCUGUUAUCAGAUAAGGGCCCUGAGCAGUGGCCCCAGCCCUCAGUGGCAUCUCCAAGGGAGAUAGGGUGUCACUUGUAGAAUUCCACUGGCCACUUCGAAUUGCACCAUCCUCACUCCAGGGGGUGCUGCCCACCCAGAAGCUGCUUCUGGUGGAGGGCUGGGAUUGUCCCUUCUCGCACAUUUCUUGCAUUGUGGUUUGCAGCUCUAUUGGGAGGAGGGGGCUGGUGUUUUGGGAGGUGCUUUGGUCUGUCAGAGAUGGCUGUGACCCACUGGCAGAUGGAGCAAAGUCUAGCUCUUCUGCUUUUGUCAAAGGUCAGCCAGAGGCUGAGGGGGUUACCCAUGCCCCCUUUUUUUCAGGAAUCUUGGAUGUGCUAGGGCUAGAACUGAGAAUGCCACUUGGAUGUGGGAACCUGCACUGCCUCUGGCUGCCAUGAGCUUAUCUCUCUUCUCCAGACUGCCUCUGUCUUCAGAUCUGGCUCUUCCUCAGAAUUCCUGCAGCUGGACGUGUUCCCGAUUUGAGGUGAAACCAUGAAGAGAAAGUAGAACCAUAAUAAUGCUUUUCCGCAACCGCUUCUUGCUGCUGCUGGCCCUGGCUGCGCUGCUGGCCUUCCUGAGCCUCAGCUUGCAGUUCUUCCACCUGAUCCCCGUGUCGACAGCCAAGGAUGGAGUGAGCAGCAAGAGUCGAAAGAGAAUCAUGCCCGACCCGGUGACAGAGCCCCCCGUGACAGACCCCGUUUACGAAGCUCUUUUGUACUGCAACAUCCCAAGCGUGGCCGAGCGCAGCAUGGAAGGUCACGCCCCGCAUCAUUUUAAACUAGUCUCAGUAAAUGUGUUCAUUCGCCACGGGGACAGGUACCCGCUGUAUGUCAUUCCUAAAACAAAGCGACCAGAAAUUGACUGCACUCUGGUGGCUAACAGGAAACCAUAUCACCCUAAAUUGGAAGCUUUCGUUAGUCACAUGUCAAAAGGAUCCGGAGCCUCUUUUGAAAGCCCCUUAAACUCCCUGCCUCUUUACCCGAAUCACCCGCUGUGCGAGAUGGGGGAGCUCACGCAGACAGGAGUCGUGCAGCAUUUGCAGAACGGCCAGCUGCUGAGGGACAUCUAUCUAAAGAAGCACAAACUCCUGCCCAGUGACUGGUCCACAGACCAGCUUUAUUUAGAAACCACUGGGAAAAGCCGAACCCUGCAAAGUGGGCUGGCCUUGCUCUAUGGCUUCCUCCCAGAGUUUGACUGGAAGAAGAUUUAUUUCAGGCACCAGCCAAGUGCUCUGUUCUGUUCUGGAAACUGCUACUGCCCAGUGAGAAAUCAGUAUCUGGAAAAGGAGCAGCGUCGUCAGUACCUCUUACGUUUGAAAAACAGCCAGCUGGAGAGGACCUACGGGGAGAUGGCCAAGAUCGUGGACGUCCCCACCAAGCAGCUCCGAGCUGCCAACCCCGUGGACUCCAUGCUCUGCCACUUCUGCCACAACGUCAGCUUCCCCUGCACCAGAAACGGCUGUAUCGGCAUGGAGCACUUCAAGGUGAUCAAGACGCAUCAGAUUGAGGAUGAAAGAGAGAGGCGGGAAAAGAAACUGUACCUCGGGUAUUCACUCCUAGGUGCCCACCCCAUCCUGAAUCAAACCGUCAACCGGUUGCAGCGAGCUGCCGAGGGCAGGAAAGAAGAGAUCUUUGCCCUCUACUCUGCUCACGAUGUCACUCUGUCACCAGUUCUCAGUGCCUUGGGCCUUUCAGAAGCCAGGUUCCCAAGGUUUGCGGCCAGGCUGAUCUUUGAGCUUUGGCAAGACAGAGAAAAGCCCAGCGAACAUUCUGUGCGGAUUCUUUACAAUGGUGUUGACGUCACAUUCCACACCUCUUUCUGCCAGGACCACCACAAGCAUUCUCCCAAGCCCAUGUGCCCCCUUGAAAACUUAGUCCGCUUUGUCAAAAGGGACAUGUUUUUGGCCCUGGGCAGCAGUAGUACAAAUUAUUAUGAUGCAUGUCACAGGGAAGGAUUCUAAAAGGGUAUGUGGUACAGCACUGUAGAAUCUAUGCCAAUACAGAGGGCUAGGAAAGAUCCACUUCUAGUUCUAUCCAUUGCUAAAUUUUUUAUUUUUAGAGGCUAAAAAUUGUGUUGGGAGCCACAUGGGUGGUUUGGGCUGAACAGUAAGAAUGUUGCUAUAAUCUGGUAUGUGAUUUGCUUGGUACAAAAUGGCCAGUUCAGAGAAAAGAAGGUACUUUAUCAUAGCCAGACUUUGCGUACAAUGCCAGAAUAAUAAUACUUCAGUACCCAAAGUUGCCAAUCCAACUUUGUAUUCUUUUGACCUGCCAUGGUACUGUAUAAUGGAACCAGCAAACCUCAGCCAAGAUGUUCUUAAUCUUGGACAAUUUUACCUUGUCCUUAUUCAGUUAAAAAUUUCUUAAAGUGAUUUAUCUAAAACAGAGGUUGACAAACUUUUUCUAUAAAAGGCCAGAUAGUAAUUAUCUGAACUGUGUGGACCAAAAGGCCACAUUUGUCACAUAGUCUGUCACAACUACUCAACUUUGCUCUUACAACAUGAAAGCAAUCGCAGACAAUGCAUAAAUGAACAGGUGUGGCUAUGUUCACAGGCCAAACAAAACAAGUGGGGGCCAGAUUUGGCCCCCAGGCUGUAGUUUGCUGUCCCCUGAUCUAAAAAAUAGGCUCCACUACAACUGCACUUCCAGCACUUUGAGAACCAGUUGAAUACAAAGAAUUAUUUAAUGGUUUCUCCAGUAACUUCUGCUAGAAACACAGAAUUUGGUCUGUUCUGACACUAUUACAAAACUUGUGAGGGGAAAUAAACAUUGAAUCACAAUGAAUCAUAGGAAAAUUAUUAGAAGAAUACUUGAUGUUCAUGAUGAUUGUGGUAAAAGAUAGUUUUAAGUAUGUUUUAAAAUUUGUCUGCUGUAGUCUAUUUGCUGUAUAUGCUGAAAUUUUUGUAUUCCAUUUAGUAUUUUUAUAGUCUAGGAAAAUAUUUUCUAAGACCAGUUUUAGAUGUGUUCUUAUUCCUAUAGUAAUAUUCAAUUUACUGUACCUGCUUGGUAGUUAGAAGGAGGCCAGAAAAUGAAUUCAGGCACUUUCUUCCAAUAAAACUAAUUAUGGCUCAUUCCCUUUGACAAGCCGUAAAAUUGGAUCAAUUUUUAGACCAUUUUCGUCAGUUUCAAAUGGUAAAUUCUGAUUGAUUUUUAAAUAUGUUUUUGGAAGAACUUUGUUACUAGAUAGUUAAAAUAUCUUUAUAGGGUGUUUUAUAUAUUAGAAACAAUUAUAAUUAAAUCUGUGAUUUCUGAACUAAUGGUGCUAAUUCUAUUCAAAGAAAUGUAAAGUGCAAGUGAGAUUCCCUGGUGUCAUUUGAAUUCCAACUUUUUCUCUUUGAUUUUGUCUGGUGUUACAUUUGAAUAUGUCUGUUUCUAUAAAUAAAUUUUUGAAGAAUACAUGUACU